GAAAUACAAUAGUCACGUGACAGUAUAUCAUGGCGGAUCAAGCCGAAGGUAGUAAUAUCAAAGUUGUUGUUAAAACGCCUAAAGAAAAGAAGGAAAUAAACAUCUCACAAAAUGCCACUGUGAAAGAGUUUCGUCAAAAUGUUUCCGAAGCCUUUAGUGCCGACAUACAGCAAGUAUGCUUAAUUUUUGCGGGAAAAAUAUUGAAGGAUGAUGACACGCUGUUGCAACAUAAUAUUAAAAACGGACUUACAGUCCAUUUAGUAAUAAAGAGCAAGCCAGAAACACCAACUGCUCCAGCUUCCACACCAUCUAGUCAAAAUACACCCCAAGGCACUCCGCAAUCAAAUGCCCCUUUCGGCUCAGGAUUUCUCGGAGGUUUAGGAGGCUUAGGUGGACUAGAGAAUAUGGGAAUGGGAUCUGGAGGUUUAUCUGAAAUGCAGUCUAGACUACAGCAACAAAUGAUGAAUAAUCCAGAACACUUACAACAAUUAAUGAAUAACCCCAUGGUUGAACAGCUAAUGUCUAAUCCGGAAGUCAUUCGAACAAUGCUUCAGAGUAAUCCUCAAAUGAGGGACCUUCUUGAACGAAACCCUGAGAUUAACCACGUUCUCAACAAUCCCGAUUUAAUGAGACAAACUCUGGACUUGGCAAGGAAUCCAGCUGCGUUUCAAGAAGUUAUGAGAAACCACGAUAGGGCUUUAUCUAACUUAGAAAGUUUACCCGGUGGCUUUAAUCAUUUGCAAAGACUUUAUCGUGAUGUCCAAGAGCCUAUGAUGAAUGCCGCUAGCGAAUCUAUAAAUCCUAACCCGUUUGCUGCCCUUGCUAAUCAAGGAAAUAAUAGCGCGAGUUCAACCAACUCUCAAGCCGGAAGAGAAAAUAGUGAACCCCUACCAAAUCCGUGGGCACCACCAAGUUCCAGGUCGACCGCAAGCACGGAUUCUAAUGCUUCGAAUACUGGAAAUACAAGAUCAGGUACUAGUGGAGGACCUGGCAACAUAUUCAAUUCACCCGAAAUGCAGUCAUUGGCCUCUCAAAUUACAGACAACCCUCAAUUAAUGCAAAAUAUGCUCCAAGCUCCGUAUAUGCAAGCUAUGCUGCAAAACGUAUCUUCUAAUCCCCAAUUGGCUAAUCAAUUGCUAUCGGCUAAUCCGAUGUUCGCCAACAACCCAGAACUUCGAGAAAGAAUGUCGAGUCAGUUGCCAGCCAUGUUGCAACAAAUGCAACGACCAGAAAUGCAGGCGCUUAUGACUAAUCCAAGAGCAUUUCAAGCCAUGAUGCAGAUUCAGCAAGGCAUGCAACAACUACAAACUGAAAUUCCGGGUUUAAUGAAUCCUUCACCAACUUCGACUACUACUACUGGUUCUACCGCCACAACGACCAGUUCGGAAAACACCCAAGGGGGAGGACAAGCUCCAGCUGGAAACGAGGCAGUUGGACAAUUUAUGGCUAAUAUGUUUUCCCAAAUGUCGACCGGACAGCAACAGCAACAAAAUAAUCAACCACCCGAAGAACGAUUUGCCUCUCAGUUAGACCAAUUAGCAUCAAUGGGUUUCAUAAAUAGGGAAGCAAACAUUCAAGCCUUAUUAGCCACCUUUGGAGACGUUAACGCAGCGAUAGAUCGAUUGCUUCAGCAGCGAUGA